CAGACACUGACACUGCUUGAAUCUCCUCCAUUGUCCAUUGUUCCAUUUAUUUGAGUCCUUAUUUUUUAUAUUCCUCAGUCUCACGGAGUACAAAUCUACAAAGAAAUUUUAACACAGUAAUUGUAAGAAACCCAGAAUGGAGGACGGGUUGCUGUUGCUGAAGGAGAGCGAAGAGGGUGGUGGGAUACGGUUGGGGUCUGUUUGGGCGGAAGUGAAAAGGUUGGGGUACCUGGCAGGUCCAAUGGUGGCCGUGACUUUAUCUCAGUAUCUAUUACCCAUCAUUUCUGUUAUGAUCGUUGGGCAUUUGGGUGAGAUUUUUCUCUCCAGCACCUCCAUAGCUGUCUCUCUUGCUAAUGUCACUGGCUUCAGUUUUCUUUUAGGAAUGGCAAGUGCUCUGGAAACACUUAGUGGGCAGGCCUACGGAGCCAAACAGUACCACAAACUUGGAAAACAAAUGUACACUGCCAUUUUCUGCCUUUUUAUCGUAUGCAUCCCCCUCGCACUCUUGUGGACCCAUAUGGGAAAAGUGUUAGUCUUCAUAGGCCAAGAUCCUCUUAUAGCAGAAGAAGCCGGAAGGUUCUUAAAGUGGCUCAUUCCGGCCUUAUUCGCUUAUUCGACCUUACAGCCUCUCGUAAGAUUUUUUCAGGUGCAAAGUUUGAUCUUUCCCAUGCUCAUGAGCUCAUUCAUAACAAUGUGCUUCCAUGUGGCUCUAUGUUGGGUGAUGGUGUUUAAGUCCGGCUUGAGUAAUCUUGGGGCUGCUGUCGCUAUUGGUGUGUCUAUGUGGGUGAAUGUGAUACUCCUAUCUUUAUACAUGAGGUUCUCUCCUGCUUGUGACAAAACUCGUUCGACUAUUACCUGGGAAAUCUUUCAUGGAGUGAAGGAGUUUUUCAGAUAUGCCGUUCCGUCAGCCAUCAUGAUUUGUCUUGAGUGGUGGUCAUAUGAGCUGCUUGUGCUGCUGUCUGGUCUACUGCCAAAUCCACAACUAGAAACUUCAGUUUUAUCUGUAUGCCUGAACACUGUCGGCACAAUUUUUGCAAUUCCAUAUGGGCUUUCCGGUGCUGUAAGCACUAGAGUAUCUAAUGAGUUGGGAGCGGGAAACCCACAGGGGGCUCGUUUGGCUGUCUUGUGUGUGAUGCUCAUUUCUGUGUCAGAGGGUGUUAUAGUAAGCGCAACCCUCUUUGCUUGUCGGAACGUAUUUGGCUAUGUUUUUAGCAAUGAGAAGGAAGUGGUGUACUAUGUUGCAGAUAUUGCCCCUCUCCUCUGUCUAUCGGUCAUAAGUGAUAGCCUUCAAGGGACCCUUUCAGGUGUUGCUCGAGGGUGUGGGUUGCAGCAUAUAGGAGCGUUAGUCAACCUGGCUUCAUUCUAUCUAUGUGGAAUUCCAAUUGCUGCAUCACUGGCUUUCUGGUUUCACGUGAGAGGAAAGGGUCUUUGGGUUGGAAUUAUGUGUGGUUCUGUUAUGCAGACGGUUAUGCUAUCCAUAAUAACAAGUUGCACAAAUUGGAACACACAGGCAGCUAAGGCAAGGAGGAGACUUCUUCAGUAAAAUAUCUUGAUGAGCCACCCAAGUGGAUGAGAAAUUAAUUACUACGUAGUACUAUCUAAUUAGUUUUGAGUUCCAUUUUUUCUUGUCAUUUUGGUUUAUGUCUAAUUGAAGACCACUUCUACUGUUCUACAUGUACAAUGAUACGAUUGCGAGGGAUCAGCCUAUUAAAUACUUCAAUAAAGUGUACCAAAGGAGGAAUAAGGGGGGUAGUUGUACUUUGCUAGUUAUUAAGUCAGUCUAAUAAACUAGUGUACUUUCUCUGCGUGGAAGAAUAAGGGGGGUGUUGGCUUAUUAAGUUAGGUUGUUAUUUCAGUGGUUGGUUGCUUGGAGAGUGGGCUUGUCUAAUUGUCCCAAGGCUUGAUCCGAU